CUUUCAUUAGCCAGCUGAAAAAUCACCGAGCUUUUAAUCUAAUGGGCGUAAAAUUACAAUGAUGACAAACAAGCACAUUUUCGUUAGUUUUCAACUCUCGUUUUCAAAAUACGCUGCACAAAAUCGCACAAUAAUACAGUUUGAGUUUUCAUAAUAGCCGAAAAAUUGAACAUAAAAAUACCAAACAUUAUUUUCACGUAAUAUUAUUUUGCAAAUCGCUCGAAUUGACAAAAAACAUCACGAUCGAUUUUUUAUCUCAAAUUAAAAUACUUAAUUUAAAGAAAAAAUUAUAUUUCUGCAACAACUGAAAGUGACAGAGCUUAACUAAAGAUAAUGUCCCAAAACUCUUCACAGACCACGUAUGCCAGUUGUGGCACGGAAUACGGCAAUGGUUGCGAGGAAUCGGGUGAAGAUCUGGGCGAAUCCUCGUUACAGGAAGUCUAUGCCGGAUCUGAUAAUAACCUUAACGGAAACGCGGUAUACGGACGUAAGGACAAAAAAACUGAAUAUUGCGAUACAUAUUACGGACAGAUGGACGGAAACGACAUUUACGGCGACAGUGGGGACAGUGACGCUACGAUUUUGCGACUCCCUCAUCCUAUAAAGCCAAGACUAUCACCUAUUACCAUCGAUCCCUCCAAGAAAGGAAACGAACACGAAUACUUAAACCCAAAACCUGCAAAACCUGUCAUCAUUGACCCUUCCAGGAAAAACGGUAAAUUUGCAUUGAAACAGCCUGAAAACAACUUUGAAAAACCUGCAGAUGUGAUACGAAAAAACUCGCUGCCAAUCAGUCCUCUGACUUAUGUAGACCCAAGAAAAUUGCUUCCUUCUCCUGGAACCACAGACACUAAAGAUAAGCGGAAACAUUCACAUGCAAAGAAACAUUCAGUUGGACGCGAUCCAGAUCAUGACUUGAAGAAGACCGGUUAUUUCCAAGAAUUGAGCCGAGAUGAGGCGGAAAAACAACUACGCGCCAAUGGCAAAGAAGGUCAAUUCAUUGUGCGGCCCAGCAGUGAAAAAGAUGGCCUCAAUUUCGCGCUGAGUUUUUACUCAGACACAAUCGGCAAUAAGGUGAAUCACGUGAAGAUCUCCUAUUUGGCAGAAGAACACAAAUGGAUUCUGGGAACAGACAAAUCUUGUAUAGACAGAUUCAGCAAAGUCACAGAUUUGUGUGAUAUGUACAUUCAGAACGGUAUCAAAACUGAAGGCCACCCUGUGGCAUUACAAUUGUCCAAGCCUCUCAAGAUUGCAAAGAGAAGAAAUUCCCUGUUCUGAGACUUUUUAACUUACAACUUGAAGUUAAUUACCACUAGAAUCAAUUAUAUAUUAACAUAAUAAACAAAAAUU